CGCGCGGGGCGGAAGCGGUGCGGAAAGUCCAUUUCGAGAGGCUCGUACGUCGUCUAGGGUGGACCGAGGAUCUCCCUGCGGAAGCUUCCCCGCGCGGCGCGGAGCGGUGUCUACAAGGGGAGGCUCGUGCGGGUCGACGAGGGGCUCGCCGGAGGUCUGACGUUGGCCGAAACGGAAUCGAGCGGCGCCGAAUCAGACGGAGCGAAACGUCAAUCUACCCUCGGGAGUGCCGUCCACCAUUUUGGCUGCGCGGAGGUUAUUCUCUGGCGGAGGCGUCGGGACGUCCGUGCGACUCGUCGAAGACGACGUCCGACUUUCGGAGUAAUCUCUCUCCUUUCUCUUUUUCUCUCUUUCUUUCUCUAUCUAUCUUUCUCUAUCCCUCUUUCUCUCUCUCUUUCUCUCUCUCUCUUUCUCUCUUCCUUCCCCUUCCUCUCCCAUUUCGCUAUUGCAACGAUAAGCUUCCCGGUGACCAAGUGGAGCGAGUGAUUUCCGGAGGAGAAUCGGUGUCGCUUGUGUAGGAAUCAGCCGAGGCAGACAGCGUUUCGGCGCUUCGGGAAACCCUGGGACGUUCUAGGACGUCGCGACGUCCCCGACGCCUUGGGACUGGAGCCAUUUUUAUGCGCUGCAUGCCGGGAGGAGCGGCUCUCCCGCUGGAAACUGGGUUACCGCGUCGCUUCCGCUCGAAUUUCUCCUCUGCUCGUCGCCCGGAGGCCCGUAGAUUCGUGUACCAAGGCUGAAGAGCGUUCUCUGCCUUUGGCCAGGAAAGCUUUUGUGCGCGAUAUGGCUACUUGGUGAAGAAACUUUGUUUGCGGGGCAGGAAAGGCGUGGAUUUGGAUCUCGAGAGGGACAGAGAAGGAGAGAGAAUGAGAGAAAGAGCGAGAGAGGAAGAGAGGAAAAGUUGUGCGCCGAGUGAUUAAUAUUUGACGAGGGGGAUCGCGUAGAGAAGAGGCGUGGAUUUAAUCCGUCGAGAUAGAGGAGAUUGUGCGCUCGGAUGGAUUGUCGCGGAAUUCUGUGCGGUGAGGGCUGCGGCGUGGAUCUCUGUAUUAUUGAGGCAGGUGAAAAGUGUCCAGGUUUUAGGCGGUAAAGGGGAGCAGUGCGCGGGUUAGUUUUGUGGAUCGGUGCAGUUUUUAAGGAGUAUCAUCAUGCGGGAAGAGGAGACGCGCGGAUCCAUUAGUUGAUGAAGGAUAAAUUGUGCUGCGAUACUUAUCGGGGAGUGUCAUGCGGGCAGGAAGGCAGAUCUCUACGUCAGUAGCGGAGAAAUGUUGCAUAGACACUUAAGACUUCAAUUCAAGGAAGUAAUUGAUCUCGGUUCAUUUGGCGAAUGGAAUCAUUGAAGAGUAGGAAAGGCUAGAUUUGUACAUCGAGAGGCGAAUCCUUAAAUGGAGCGAGGAAAUACAAGGAUACUUGAGGUAAUAUUUGAUUGAUUAUUGAGGAAAAGUCCUCGAAAAGAGUUGACGUCGCUUUACAUCCGACAUCGAAUGAUCAAUUACUGAGGAAAGAUGAUGAUUCGCAUGUUGAGGAAACCUGCAGGAGUCUUCAGGAACGAAGAAUCGCGUGCUGAUGUUGAUAGGAUUCUGCGAAAAAGCAAGAUGUAGAUCUGUCUCCUUCAACGGAAGCGUUCAAAAUUAGCAGGGAAAAAUCGCACUUCCCCACCAAAGAUUUAUUUUUAAAUCGCAAAAUAGCGCUCGAAUCCCUUUGGGAAACUCCCUUUGAGUAGCUUAGAAAAUUCAGCAUCGCGAGAAAUGUUCAUCUCCUCCAAAGAAAAAGACAUCCUGGUACUAGAAAAAAAUUGGGCUUUCUCGUGCCGCCAAAAAUGUUUCUGUUUGCUUGAAAAAUGUUCUCUGCGCAUCGUUGAUUCUUGUUCUUCACGAAGACUCGUGCGUCUGUCGAGAAACAUCACGAGUCGCUUGACAAAUAUCCUCCUCGUCGAGAAGAAUUGCGUGAUGACAAAAAUUGUAGAUCUUUCCUCGCGAUUCUAAGAGUGAAAGACGAAUAUUCUCCGCCUUCGGGAAGAGGGAGAUCUUCUUACGAAGAUCGAAGGACUCGUGGGAGCGGGAUGAUUGCUGAAGGAUCCAUGGGAUUUACGGAGCGACAAACGAUGGUGGUUCCUCAUGGAAGGCGGAUGAAUCUGACGAAUAGCGUCCGAGAAAGUUAUCAAAUGUAACGUUUCUUUCAAGGACAUGGCCGAGAAUUAGACUGAUAGGCGUCAGGCACGCCAGGAACGAUGGAGAUCGAGUGACUUCGGCAAUGGACCGAUGAGUAGUUUUAGAUAUUUCGUACGAGUCUUGUGUGAGAUUAAUUGCUAGUGCUACGGAAAACGUGUUUUGCCGAUUUUCCUCCCUUGGAAGGAUUAUGCGUCAAGGACCAGGUCUCUCCGUUUCACGAGAUAAUUCCUGGCAUGCGUAGUACGAGCGAGUCGGGCAUAGGGCUCGUUCCGGGACUAGCGAAGGGCUCAAAGGAGGAUCGACUGGCCGCUCUCGAGCGGUUUGAGGACCGGUGAGCACGACAGGGCGAGCAACCCUCUUGCCGAAGACCAGCAACCCUCCCGUCCGUCACUGUCGACGAACAACAGAACAGAUGUCCUGACAGUGGGCCCCGGGCCACCAGGAUGCCGACAGACGACGACUAUGGCCGAAGAGAUCGUCUCCUGUUGCACCAGCACCCUAUCGCUCAAUACGGAUCCUCGUCAUCCCCGCUUCCCGGAUCGAGCGCGCCGAAUUCUGGCAGCGUGGGGACCCAGAUCGGUCCCAGCAAUCCCAGCGACUGCUUCAAGCAACAAGCGGAGCAGCAGCAAUCGUCCGACUUGCGUUCGGUCGCGAGUACCGCGAGCCAGUCGGGCCAAGAGCGUUACCAGUCGGAUCAACAGACCCAAAGCAGCGAGCAUGUCGGGACCCGAAUGGUCGAUCGGCACGAGAAAUCCGCGGAGAAGCCUACGAUCGACUUCUCCAAGUGCGGGGAGGGUCGUUCGUCGGGUUGCGAGCGCUUUGGGCACUAUCAGGCCCAGAGCGGUGAGCAUGUUGGGAGCCGAAUCGGCGGCGACCGGCAUGAGAAGGCCGUGGAUAAGUCUUGCAUCGAUUACCCCAAGUGUGGAGAGGGUGGUCGUCCACCGAGUUGCGAGCGUUUCGGACAUUAUCAGGUCCAAAGCGGCGAUCAGGCCCACGUCGGCGCUCGAAUGGCCGAGCGGCACGAGAAGUCGAUCGACAAGCAGUCGGUCGACUUCACCAAGUGCCCUGUCGACGGUCGACAAUCGAAUUGCGAGCGUUUCGGGCAUUAUCAGACUUCGACGUUCGGCCAGUCCUCCAGUUUGCACUACGGUACGCACGGCAGCGCCGAUCGUUUCGCGCGAUUCAACGAUCUCAGCGCGCUGCACGGCGAGCAGCGGGUUUCGAAUAACGAUCGUUACACGAUCUGCAAUCCGGAGCUGCACUUCGACACAGCGGGCUCGAGCGGGUCGAACGAAUACGCGAACGCGAACGCGCUCGGCGGCCCCUUCGCCGCGGAGACGUUCCCGUCGCCGCCAUCGCCGGCACCGGCCAACGACCGCUUCGUCCCGCCACCGCCAUUGUCGCCCAGUCCGAGCGAGAAGUACGCCUCGAGCCAGAGCCUGGCUGGUUAUCCUGCUGCUGAUCGCAUUUUGCCCCCCAAUUCUCCGGGGCCCAAGUAUGGCGCCGACAGCGCCGCUUCAGCAUCGCCGAUGCCCGCCAAGGAGCGCUUUGCCUCCACCGAGCGGCUGCUGGCCAAUCAGCAAUCAGCUUCCGGCGAUGCCAAGGAUCAACAACGCUACGCUGGAUCGUCUGAUCAUCGUCUGCUCUCGGGAUCUUCUCCGGUCUUGGAAGGACUUCAGACAGGACUCCAGGGCAGUGGCGUUUACGCCAAGGACGCUCGCUUCACCGCCAUUUCCGCGGACAGGAUAUUGUCCUCCUCGCCGAUACACGCUCCGGUACCAGAGAGAUUCGUCGGCAAGUCGGAGAGGUACUUGGCCGAGUCGCCCGUUCACGAUAGGUACCCUCGACAGGAUUCAUCAGCGACAGCACAUCACGAGCGGUAUUCGGCGAUUGCGGCGGCCACCGAGAGGUUCCUCUCGAAUUCGCCUAAUCCUGAGGGCGCGCAUCAGCGCUAUUCAUCGUCAGAUCGCACAUCUAUUCAAGUCUCUUCCAGCAGUUCCGAGCAAAAUCGACGUCUCUACACUGAUAGAGGCGUGGAGACAGUUUGUCAGAAGUAUACAGACCGGUCCAUCAGCUCGCCGGCAUCCGCCGACUUUGGUCGAUAUUCUGGCUUUGCGGAAGUCGGCAAUCAAACGCGAUAUGUGUCCAGCAACGAUCGCUUUAACGAUCUCGCUCUGCAACGCUGCAGUCAAUCGAGGUCGAUCGACAGAUUCUCCAGCGAUCGAUACCUGGCUGGAUCGUCACCCGCGCACGAUGGUAGGCUGUCCGGUUCCGAGACAUCGCGUUAUAUCGUCUCCUCCACCGAACGUCUGCUGGCGCCGACGUCUUCCUCGCCAUCCUCCUCUUCAGAGACUGGCACCAGGUAUCACUCGCCCUACACGACGUCCACUGGCACCCAAUCUUCCGCUUCCAAUGAGCGUUUCGCGUCAAUUUCGCCGACGCCCGAAGCGUCGUCGAAUGUUCAUCGCGGCGGUGGCGGCAGUUAUCAGAACACAAAGAGCACCGUCGACAAAUAUUUGGUUUCGAAAUCGGUUCAGAGCGGCUAUGAUCGCUACUCGAUUGCCGGCCAGAACGAUCACCAGUUCGGUCAAGAUCGAUACUUUGCCUCCAACAGCAGUAACGACCGUUUUCAAGCUACUUCCGGAGCUGAGCGCUUUCACGCUCCUGCUGAUCGCUAUUCGCCGGCACGCAGCGUCACUGACAAAUACCUGUCCCUGCCGAAGCCCAAGGACAGGUUCACCGGCCGCAUAACGCCCAUCUCCUGCGCCACAUCCGUCGUCGCGACGUCCUCCACUGACCGCACUUAUGGUUCGUCGAGUACCAGCUACGUGCCCCCGACUGCGCAUACUCCUGUUGAACGAUACGUACCACAACCACCUCCCGAAGUGCUCUACCCGGACAGGUACGUGGACAGGUAUAUGCCACCCGCAGCGCACACGCCGACCGAUCGAUAUGUGCCCGCGAGCGAUCCAGGCGAUCCAUACAUGCGUCGCGACCUUGGCUUUCAUCAUCAUUACCGGCUACCACCGCCCGCCGGUUAUCCGUACCAAACGCAUUUCCGGUUCCGCGGAUUCGCAUACGCGACGUCCGGCCGGUUGGGCGGCAGUCCCGGGUCCAGCAGCUCCAGCAGCACGGCGUCUAAUCAACGCGAGACGUUCGCCACGUCGCCAUUGCUGAGGCCCAAAGUGCGCGGGUCCACGGUCGAGUUUAGCGCCGCCGCGACGCCUACGACGAUGGCCGGCGUCGGUCGUCACGUGUGCGCGAAUCCAGUCGCCUGUUGCGGAGACACAUCCGGCAACGGCAGAGCCUGCUGCCAGAUGAGGAGAUCUCUGCCGCCUGGGACACUUCCGGCAAUACCCACGCAAACUUCUUCGUGGCAACCAUCACCGAGUUCGGGUACGACGGGCACCUCGACGGUAUCAUCGACGACCGGCGAGGGCGACGCGACGCAGAGCAUCGGGAUGUACCCGGUGGGCAUCGCGUCGUCCUCUACCGCGACGACGGCGACGCCGGUGACGACGGCGUCGGCGACCGUGCCAUCAACCACUUCCGGCGUCUCUAUCGCUACCGGAAACGUCAGCGGCAUCACCAGGAGCGUUUCCGCGCCGAGUGCGCCACGUCCGCUGGUCCAGAUCAGCAGCUCCUCGGCGAGCACCUCGGCGACCCAACGGCCGAGACUCAGGAGGAACCAGAGCCGCACCGAGGCUAUCCGAAAUUACAUCAGACGCGAGACAGCGCAGUUCUUCGGGGUUGACGAGGAAUCGGAGGCCCUGGAGAAGCAGAGAUGGCUGGACCGACGACGACGUAUGGCGUCGAGGAAGUACGGCGCGUUGUUACCGGAACACAAGCCCCCGGAUCCGGACAUCACCAGGGAUGUGCCGGACACGACCGAGACACCGGAGAGUGUGACUCUCAGACGAUGGCAGCAACCGGUACGGAGGAAAGAUUCUGUAGCGAGGAUGACACUGUCGGGUCUCCAUUACAUCGUCGAGACGAUGACGAGGCAGCGUCCCCGCGAGCGCUCGCAAUCGCGUCUGGAAUCGCGCAGCUUCCCGCCGAGCACGGUCUCAUAUAUGAUGAAGUUGGGAGUGUCGUGUCCUGACAGCGGCCUGGACGAGGAGCAGUCCUUCUUCGAGAGGCCCCCGCCGCCUCCGCCUCCCCUUCCGCCUCCUCCGACGUCUCAACAGUCGCAGCAAACAUCGCAGAUCGAUCAGGCCCCUGGAUUGGUCAAGGACGAGGAGAUCGGCGUCAAGAUCACGGAUGUCCUCGACGCCGCGCAGGAUCGCGAAGGGAUCACUUCCGAAGAUUUGGUCGGGUUCGUGCAGCAAAAGGAUGACAGGACGACGAUCGACGGACAAGUUAGACGACCCCGUUCGAUCACGAGGGACCAUUAUAUUUCCAGAAAGACAAGUUGGAGCAGGUCGAAGUACGACGCGCCACCGACGGAGGGUACGAGGUUGCCGCAGGAGGAGGGGGUGACUCUCCGCAGGGAGAUAGCUGGGGCCACGAGGAUCUCCCGUAGCACAAUUGAUCGUGUCUUCGACAACAGCAAUCGGCGGAGAUACGGAAUGGGCAUCGUCGGUCGCUUCUUCGGGCGAUCUUUUCGAAAAAGCAUCGCGCACAAACCGGACAUAAAGAAACAAUUGGACGACUUUGAAGAUCACCGACCGUAUUUCACGUACUGGAUCACUACUGUGCAAGUAUUGAUUCUGAUAAUAUCGCUGGCAUGUUACGGAUUUGGUCCUGUUGGAAUGGAUCUCGCUCAUCGAUCAGGACUGGUUCUCGUGACAAGUUUGUCGUUGCAACAAGUCGAUUACCAAGAACCUGCAAACUUCUGGCUGGGCCCUAGGGCCGCGGAUCUGAUUCAUCUUGGUGCCAAGUUUGCGCCGUGUAUGCGUCGGGACAUCAAGAUUCUGAAGGAGAUCGAUGUCUGGCGGGAAAGAGAACGAGACACCGCUUGCUGCAUCAGAAAUGACGAUUCCGGCUGCGUUCAAUCCAGCAAAGCGGAUUGCUCUGUUCGGGGAUUGAGAUCCACUGUUACGAACACAAUUUCGACCUGGAAGAAAUGGGGACCUGGGGACAAUGGGCCUGGCGGUCGUAUCAGUGGAUCUGUUUGCGGGUUAGAUCCAAAGUUCUGCGACGCCCCCGCAAGCGUCGCACCUUAUGAAUGGCCGGAUGACAUUACCAAAUGGCCGAUCUGCCGGAAAACCAAUCCUUUUAAUCAUCGUUUCAGCAAAAAUGCAAAUCAACGGGGCAACGCCAAUUUUCCCAUCGGCCGUUAUAAGGAUAAGAUGGCGGAACACAUGGUUUGCGAGAUAAUCGGUCAUCCGUGUUGCAUCGGGAUUCACGGGAUGUGUCGGAUCACCACGAAGGAGUACUGCGAUUUCGUCCACGGUUACUUUCACGAGGAGGCGUCGCUUUGCUCGCAGGUGGAAUGUUUGCAUGACGUCUGUGGAAUGAUACCGUUCUUGCAUCCGGAAUGGCCGGACCAGUUUUACAGGCUCUUCACCACCAUCUUUCUUCAUGCCGGAAUCGUCCAUUUGGUAAUCACAUUACUGAUCCAGUAUUUUCUGAUGAGAGACUUGGAAAAGCUGACAGGAUCUUUGCGCAUUGCUUUGAUCUAUUUUAUUGGUGCUCUUGCUGGAAAUUUGGCUAGCGCAAUCUUUGUCCCUUACAGGGCAGAAGUCGGUCCAGCUGGUGCGCAUUUCGCACUGCUGGCUACGCUGGUGGUCGAAGUAUUGCAUUGCUGGCCGAUGCUAAAACACCCACGUCGCGCACUGUCUAAGCUAAUCCUGAUCCUGGUGGGAUUGUUGAUGCUGGGUAUCCUCCCGUGGGUGGACAAUUAUGCGCAUUUAUUCGGCUUCAUCUUCGGCUUCUUGGCGGCCUACGCGUUGAUGCCGUUUAUUUCCUUCGGUCAUUACGAUCGUAGACGGAAGAUACUGCUCAUCUGGGUAUGCCUGAUCCUGAUCGUGGGCUUGUUCGCCCUGUUGCUCGCCCUCUUUUACAAUGUGCCAGUGUAUGAGUGCGAGGUGUGUAAACUGUUCAAUUGCGUGCCAUUUACCCGCGACUUUUGCGCGUCUCAGAACAUCAAUUUCAAACGGGAGGAGCAAGUAUGACACACGGGGCCGCGGUUCAUAGUCGAGCGCGAAAUUGUUCCGUUCGGCCCCCGUCUUUACGCUUCUCAUCAUCGCGCACAUCACUACAAUACACCAUCAUUCACCGCGCUGAUUUUGGCGAGUCUCCUCAUCGAAUCCCGAAGACACAAGAUCAGAACUUAAAACUGAUUCAAGGAUAUUUUCGUUUUAUGGAUAACUAAAGCUCGUAAUCCUUGAAAUUAUUAAAAGCUCGUAAUUAUACAAAAGAAGAAAGAAGAAAGUUUUCAGAACAAAAUUAGAAAAUUUUUUAAAUCUUUGGGAAUGCUGAAAGGAAGAUCGAAGAAUAAAUUAUGCGAUUUUUGCGAAAGCUAAAUGCAAAGUCAGACAAAUUUCCUAAAUUUCUAAAGAAACUGGAAGAUCAAUAAAUAUUUUUUUUUAUUAACUGGAAGAUCAGAAGAAGAAAAUCUUUCGUAAAUCUUGAAUCUUUAAAAACUAUUGAAACAAGAAUUUUUUGAAUCUUUAAAGAAAUUGAAGAGAAAGAGAGAGAAAGUUUUCGAAAGAAAUCGAAGAGAGUUUUUUAAAUUUUGGAUAAAGUUUGGAAGAAGAUCAUAGAUAUCUUUAAUUCUCAAUCAAAGAAAAAUUUACAAGUGGAAGAUUUUCUGGAUUUCUCUAAAAAAGCUAAAAAAAAGUAUCAGAAGAAUAAUUUCUUGCCUUCCUCGAUAAAACUGAAGAGAAAUCCAAAGGAAUCUCUUCAUCUCCAGUGAAGAGGAAAUGUCUCUUUGGCCUCCAGUCAAUAUUUAACGAUCCGGAUUGUCAAGCUUUGAAGAUUGUGAAGGAUUAAUGUUGCAAUGUCGCGAACUUUGAGAAUAAUCCGAUUAUUUAACAAUUGUACUUCCACGAUGAAACAAAUCGGAUCAGCGAGCUUUUGAAAUUUCACAAACAAAAUCUUUUAUCAUCAAAGUUUCGACGUUUCCCGAACUUUGAAGAUCAACGAUCAUUUUUGGAUCGUCCGCGAGAGUGAUAUCAUGGUGCAUUCGGGGGACAUGGGGGUUUGAUAGUGCCUGGAUCGAGCGGGUGAAGGUGAUGGAACCCGACCGACAUUUUCGCUACUGCCAACGAACGUCAGAGAGGAACUCGUGUUCGUCGACGCACGACGAUGCCUUAACAUUAUUAAGUCCCAGCGUAGUGAUUGGCUCCCAACGUGAGCUGGCUGAGGCUCAGCGGGCCUUGAGGGAGCCCAGGACUCUGAAUCGCCGACGGAGUGUGUGUGUGUGUAUAUAAUAUAUAUAAAUAUAUAUACAUGGAUUUCUUGAAUGACCCGCUAAUGAUAACGGAUGGGAUGCUCCAUGGAUUAUUUGGGAUUCCGCAAAGUUUGACGUGGUAGCAUCCAUCUCCUCAAGGUGUGUGUUAAUAAGAGAAAGGAGGAGAAAAAAGUUGCAAUUGUAAAUAGGAUCGAGUCUUGUUACUGUUGUAAGAACGACCUUAGUAAGUUAACUUUAGGGAGAACUUUGAAAGUGCACACGUCUUUCGUCUCUGCACAAUAUAGUCCCCCGCACCUCCGACAUCCGGAACUAUUGUCUGUGAUGGCUUGACCUUGGAGAUAUUUUUCGUAGCACCGCGACGGCCGCGAGCCUUCCUGCAGGGACGAUCGGUCGAUGUUCACCAACUGGAUACCAAUCAAUAGCUCGUUGUAAGCAAGAUUUGUCUCUCUCCGAUUUUGUGAUGAAACUUGAUGUAUUUAUAGAAAUGGGUAAAAAAAUUGUGGAAUUUCUUUCUCUUAUCUCUAGUCGAAAAAAGUACGUUUUUCCUAAUUUUGCCUUUUUCGUUAUAUUGUAUAUAAUAAUAUUAGUUAUAGUAACACAUUAAACUUUACAAUAUUAAUAACUUUAUACGCAAUUGAUCACUCCUUUACACGAUAUUUUAACAAUGUCAUUUUAAGUAUAACACUCACAAAACUGGAGUUUAUAUUACAUUUUGAUAAUGCCAAAUUUCUCUCUCAUGAAAUUGUAAUAUAAAAUGUAGUACAAAAUGUUUGCAAUGUCGUGAAAAAUAACAGUGAGAUGUUUGAUUGGUAUUCAGGGGAUACGCUCCUUAUCGAGAAUAGGAGGGAAAGGAUAGUCCGAGGCAGAGGAGGCGGAAGGAAAGUGUUAACGAUUUAAGGUGAAACGAAUCAAUUUUUUAUAAUGGCGUGAAAGAGUGAGAGAAAGAGAAAGAGAGAAAGGAAGGCGCGAAUAUCAGAAUUCUUAAUCAAUUUUGAAGUCUGUAAAUACAUAUUUGCGAUAAUGCGAGGGAGUAGAUAGAUAAGAGAGGCGGUGGAGAAAACAGAUACACGACAUAUAAUAUAUACGCGAGAUGAUUUGUUGAUUUCAAUCUAGAAAAUCCGCAUCAUUCUUCUUAUUUAAAAAUAAAGGAAGAAAUAGCAGAUUGCUAGCAUUUCAUAAUAAUGGGAGUUCCUUUUUUCAUAUCUAAGUGACAUGAAUAAUUAAAUUUGUGGUCGGAAUAGCGAUUUUAAUCUCUAUCUUAUACUAUUUUAUAAUUCAUUGCGAUGCCUUAUAUGUAGCUACAUCAUGUCAUUUUAUUAUAGAAACUAUUUUAAAUUAAUUUUGCAAGUAAAAUUAUAUUUGACUAUGAUCUCAAAUUAAGAUAAAUGCAUUAUUUAUUC